AUGUUUUGGUUAAAAGAUUUUACCGAAAUGGUAACAAUUGUUGAUGAUCUACUUGUUUUAAAUCCCCAUUCACAAGGAUUUUAUAGAGUUUUAUAUUCUUCUGAUCAAAUGAAACAAAUUAGUCAGCAAUUAUUUGAUAAUCAUAAAGAACUUUUAAUGGCUAGCCGUGUACGUAUUAUUGAUGAUUCAUUUAAAUUAGCUGAAAGUGGAUAUUUACCUUAUGAAGAUGCAUUAAAUUUAACUCAAUAUUUAACUAAAGAAGAAGAAUAUCCUCCUUGGGAAAUAGCAUUAUCUAAUUUUAAUGUAAUACAAAAUUAUUUUGACGAUGAACCUGAAACUGAAGAUUUAAGGGUUUGUAUUUUUAUAAUAGAGACCGGACUGUGGAACUAA